AUGCUGCUCGGCGAGACACCCCUGGCCGCGCUGCUGCUGGCGGCUCUUUGCUUGGCCCGCGGGGACCCCCGCUCCUCCGAGCUCCCGCCGGACUCCGGUUGCGGGCUAGAGGCUCGGAGCCGCCGCGCAGCCCCCCCGCAUCACCCCUACGUGCUAUACCCGCAGGCUGCCGGCGCACACCAGGUGGUGGGAGCUGCAGUCCCGCUACCCUCCGGGGUGCCGAGGGGCCGGAGGGCUCGGGGAGCCAGGGGAGGAGGAGGAAGAGAAGCGGAGGGCCAGGUGCGGAGGGCAAGGCUGCAGGUGCCGAACACCCCGCGGCAGCGGCCGCUGCCCGCCCUCUACUUCUCGGGCGGCCGGGAGCAGCUGGCGGCGCGGCCGGAGGCGCUGCCGGACAUCCCCCGGGAGCAGUUCAGCCUGGAGCUGUGGGUGAAGGCGGAGGGCGGACAGAGCAACCCGGCCAUCAUCGCAGGUGUCUUCGACAACUGCUCACACACAGGCAGCAAUAAGGGUUGGGCACUGGGCAUUCGUGCCCUGCAGCUUGGCGGCAAGAAGGAUGCCCGCUUCUUCUUCUCCCUCCGCACAGACCGGGCAGCUGCUGCCACUGAGGUGACCUCCUACCACCGCUACCACCCUGAGGCAUGGACCCACUUGGCUGCCAGCUACGAUGGGCGGUGGAUGACUCUCUAUGUGGAUGGGGCGCGGGUGGCCCGCAGCGGCGGGCAGGAGGGACCUCUGCACAGCACCUUCAUGGCCUCCUGCCGCAUGCUGCUGCUGGGGGGCGAUGCCUGGGGCAUGGCGCAUUCUUUCCGGGGACAUAUGGCUGGGCUAGCCCUGUGGCGGGAAGCCCUGUCUCAAAGCCAGCUCCAGCGUCCCUUCCUAGAGGAGGUGGCUGGAGGGUUGGCAGGGCUGGCUCUGGUUGCUGGCUUUGCUGCCCCUGAGGAGCGCUGGGUGCCUUUUCGGGACGGUGCCUUCCCCCAGCAGCGGGUGCUGCCAUCCCCACCGUCCCCCAUCCUGCAGCCGCUGGGACCUCCUGCUUGCGGGCAGACCGCAUGCGACAACGUGGAACUGGUGUCCCAGUACAACCAGCACUGGCCGCUGCGGAGCGGGAAGGUGGUGCGGUACCGGGUGGUGAACCUGGCGGAGGACGACGGCGGGCGGCCAACGGUCAGCCGGGAGCAGGUGUGGCGGCAACACUGGGCGCUGAGCGAAGCCUUCCGACCUUACAACAUCUCCUGGCAGCUCAGCUUGCUGGAGGUGCGCAACUCUUCCCUGCGCCGCCGCGUUGUCCUCCUGGGCUGUGAGCCCAGCAAGGUGGGCAAUGAGCGCUGUGACCCUGAGUGCGAGCACCCUCUGACUGGCUACGAUGGCGGAGACUGUCGCCGGCCUGGCCGCUGCUUCUCCUGGAAGCGCCGCGAUGGCAUCUGUCACAUGGAAUGUAACAACAUGUUGGAUGACUUUGAUGAUGGUGAUUGCUGUGAUCCACAGGCCACCGAUGUGACCAGGACCUGCUUUGACCCUGAUUCCCCCUACAGGGCAUACAUGAGUGUAAAGGAGCUGAAGGAAGCACUGCAGCUGAACAGCACUCACUUCCUCAACGUUUACUUUGCCAGCUCAGUGAGGGAAGAGUUGGCUGGUGCUGCCACUUGGCCGUGGGAUAAAGAGGCCCUUAGUCACCUAGGUGGAGUUGUCCUCAAUCCUGCUUAUUAUGGUAUGCAUGGCCACACAAAUACCAUGAUCCACGAGGUGGGACAUGUGCUGGGGCUGUACCAUGUCUUCAAGGGUGUGAGUGAGCGGGAAUCGUGUGACGAUCCCUGCAGGGAGACCACUCCAUCUAUGGAGACAGGAGACCUCUGUGCUGACACUGCCCCCACCCCAAAGAGUAAGCUCUGUCGGGAUCCAGACCCCACCAACGACACCUGCGGCCAGACACAUUUCAUGGGGACACCCUUCAACAACUACAUGAGCUACACAGAUGAUGACUGCACCAACACCUUCACCCCCAACCAAGUGGCCCGAAUGCAUUGCUACCUGGACCUGGUGUACCAGCGCUGGGGGCAGAGCAAGAAGCCUGCCCCCAUCCCGAUCCCUCCCAUGGUCACAGGGCAGACCUGGGACUCUCUCAGCAUCUACUGGCUGCCUCCCAUCAGCGGUGUCAUCCAUGAAAGGGAGCAAGACAUGCUCUGUGACAACUGUGCAGAGGAUGGCACCUUUCAUCAGUAUGUGCAUGAAGCCUCUUCUCCUCGUGUCUGUGAUUCCUCUGGCUACUGGACCCCAGAAGAAGCAGAAGGACCUCCAGAUGUGGAUCAGCCCUGUGAGCCCAGCCUGCAGGCCUGGAGUCCAGAGCUCCACCUGUAUCAUAUGAACAUGACAGUGCCAUGUCCUCAGCCAGAUGGUUGCAUCCUGGAGCUGCGCUUCCUGCACCCUGUCUACCCUGAUUCCCUCACCCUCUGGACCACGUACCUCUCCACGGGCUCUCCCAAGGCAUUGUCUGACAUUGAAGUCCUGACAGAGCAGGGGGAGUCCAUCCAUCUGGGCCCCCUGGACACCUUCUGUGAUGUCCCCUUUACUGUGAAGCUCAACAUCCCUAAAAAGGUGUCCGGAGUCAAAAUCUACACCUUUGAUGAGAGGAUGGAGAUAGACACAGCUCUGCUGACCUCCAUGCCCCACAGCUCGCUCUGCUCCACCUGCAAGCUGAUCCAGUAUCGAGUGCUCCGUGAUCCCCCGUUUGCCAACGGCUCUCCUGCCACCCUGGCACAGAGGCAUCGCCAGUUUGUUGACACGGAAGUUGUGCCCGGGCAGGUGUACCACUACCAGGUGCAGGCAGUCUCUGGGACCACCGCAGGAGAAGCCUCCCCACCGCUUGUCCAUGCCCAUGGAGCACCCUACUGUGGGGAUGGAAAGGUGACCACGAGCCUGGAGGAAGAAUGUGAUGAUGGGGACCUGCUGGAUGGAGAUGGCUGUUCCAGGAAGUGUAAAAAGGAAAAAGGCUUCAACUGUGUUGGGGAGCCAAGUCUGUGCUACGUGCAUGACGGGGAUGGGGUGUGUGAGCCCUUUGAGAAGUCAAGCAGUGUCCUGGACUGUGGUCCCUACACACCUGAUGGAUAUGUGGAUCUGUGGGCAGUGAAAGCCUACGCCUCCCAUCAGGAUGCAAAGUUCUGCCCUGCUUCCUUGGUCACUGGAGAACCUGUUGUGAAGGUGUGUAAAUCCCACCUUCAAAACAUGCCAAAGGACCUUUCCUUGGCUGCUUGGUUCCCCUGUGCUCCCAACCAAGACAAUGCUCAGGAUCCAGAUGAGCAGAAGAUGCCCUUGAACAAUGAGGGAAUUUGGCUCAAGGUGUGCUUUGAGAAACCUGCAGUGCCUACUUCCCUCCUGAUCUUCCUGGCCUCUGAUGGCACUGCCCCAAGCAGCCAGCACAAGCCAAGGGUCACUGUCCAGCUGAGUGACGUGGAUGGGCUGAACCACUCUUUGGGGAUGUAUGAGCUCUCAUGCCAGCACAACCCUCUUGUCAUCCAUGUGACCCAUGGCCAGGAGGACUCAUCCUAUUGGGCUGCUUCAGUGCUGUUCAACUUCUCCUCCCCACUCGUGGGCAUUGCAGCCGUGGCAUUGCGGACCUCAGCUCAUUCUGGCUUCUCUGACCGCACCACCUGCCUCCUGCAACACCAGGAGGGACACAGCCAUCAGCACUACAGCUGUGCCCACGGUGCCUGUGCAGGAUGGGGAAGCUGCAAACAGCCUCUGCUUGCUCACGCUGCCGUCCUCAGCUGUACCUCUGACGGUCCAAGGCACAUGGUGUGCACUGCUGCCUGCGAAAAGGGCUUUGUCCUCCACUCCAGCAAUGGGAAGAGCCUGGCCUCCAUGCAGGAGGAGGUGGUGCUGAUGUGCAACUCAGGAUGGUGGGACAGAUCUGUGACUUGUGACCCUGUUGACUGUGGUGUCCCUGACCAGUCCCACGUGUACUAUGCUGAGUUCUCCUGCCCCAAGGGUACAACCUACCUGCAGAGAUGUUCCUUCUCCUGCAUCCACCCAGCCAAGCUUCAAGGAACAAACCAGUGGCUGACCUGCCUGGAGGAUGGUCUCUGGUCACUCCCUGAAGCCUACUGCAAGUUGGAGUGUGACGCACCUCCUUUGGUGGCCAACGCCAAGCUGCUGGUCCCGCGCUGCCUGCAGGGAAACCAUGACGUGGGCUCCGUCUGUCGCUACAAGUGCAAGCCUGGAUACCAUGUGGCUGAGAAUGUAGCAAGCAAGACUAAGAAGAAGUUCCUGAAGGUUCAGUGCCUGGAGAGUGGGCAGUGGGAAGAGGGACACUGUGUCCCUGUGGUGUGUGAGCCACCUCCUCCUGUCUUUGAAGGCAUGUACAACUGCACCCAGGGCUUCGAGCUGGACAGCCAAUGUAUCCUCAGCUGUGAGCCACAGGGACAACAGGCUCCCAUCAUCUGCACCAAGGAGGGCUUAUGGACAGAGGAGUUCAAACUGUGCGAGAGCUUGCGGGGCACCUGCCCACCACCCCCGGAGCUGAAUUUCGUGGAGUACAAGUGUGAGCAGGGGCAUGGCAUAGGUGCUGUGUGCAUGCCUUCCUGUAUCAUACCUCCCAGUGACCCUGUCAUACUGCCCAGAAAUGUAACUGCUGAGACUAUGGAUCACCGUCUGCAGCCCACCAGAGUCCAGCACAUCGUGUGCACAGGAAGGCUGCGCUGGUAUCCAGACCCCGCUGCCAUUCACUGCAUCCAGUCGUGUGAGCCCUUCCAAGCAGACGGCUGGUGUGACACCAUCAACAACCGGGCGUACUGCCAGUAUGAUGGGGGUGACUGCUGCUCCUCCACACUCUCCUCCAGGAAGGUGAUCCCGUUCGCUGCCGACUGUGAGCAGGACGAGUGCACGUGCCGUGACCCCGCGGCCGAGGAGAACCAGUAG